GUCAUUAGGCAAUUUAUAAACAAAGAAAAGAAAAACAAUAUAUAUACGGAGUACCGAGUAAAAAUUUAAUCACCGUCUGGUUCCGAUAGUUCACCGUUCGUUGUCCAACACUGGCCGCGGACACCUCGUGUUUUUGUUCUUUGCACCGCAUCGCCAUCGCCAGGCAAGAGUGCGCGCUAGAUUUUCGUUUAUUUAAUCGUUUAACCAGCAACCAACACACUCCGAAAUGUCGGCAACCGAGGAGGCCCUGAACGUGGCGGCGGCCACGCCCGAGAUUGGCGACGAGUCCAAGAAACAAAAGAAGCCCAAGCCGAACAACAAGAAACUGCGCCAAGAGGCGGCGGCCAAGAAGGCCUCCGGGGAAGGCGGCGACGAGGAGCAGCUGAGCACAAAUGGAGAUGCCAAGCCGGCGACUGCGUCCGCCGCUCAGCCGGCGAACAAGAAGAAGAGCAACAGCAAGGGCAAGAAGAGCGGCCAGACGGACCCGCCGACCAUACCCAUCGCCAAGCUCUAUCCGGAUGGCAACUUCCCCGAGGGCGAGAUCGUGGAGCAUCCCACGCCCAAGGACAUGGCGGACGACCGCACGGCCAAGGACCGCUUCACGUCGGAGGAGAAGCGCGCACUGGACCGCAUGAACACGGACAUCUACCAGGAGCUGCGCCAGGCGGCCGAGGCCCAUCGGCAGACGCGCCAGUACAUGCAGCGGUACAUCAAGCCGGGCAUGACCAUGAUCCAGAUUUGUGAGGAGCUGGAGAACACGGCACGCCGCCUGAUCGGCGAGAAUGGGCUGGAGGCGGGACUGGCCUUCCCCACCGGCUGCUCUCUAAACCACUGCGCCGCCCAUUACACGCCCAAUGCCGGGGACACCACCGUGCUGCAGUACGACGACGUCUGCAAGAUCGACUUUGGCACCCACAUCAAGGGGCGGAUCAUCGACUGCGCCUUCACACUGACCUUCAACAACAAGUACGACAAGUUGUUGCAGGCCGUCAAGGAGGCCACCAACACGGGCAUCAAGGAGGCGGGCAUCGAUGUGCGCCUAUGCGACAUCGGAGCCGCCAUCCAGGAGGUCAUGGAGUCGUACGAGAUCGAGCUGGACGGCAAGACAUAUCCCAUCAAGGCCAUUCGCAACUUAAACGGACACUCGAUCAGCCCGUACCGCAUCCAUGCUGGAAAAACGGUGCCCAUUGUAAAGGGCGGUGAGUCAACUCGCAUGGAGGAGGACGAGUUUUACGCCAUCGAGACAUUCGGAUCAACGGGACGCGGUUUGGUCCAUGACGACAUGGACUGCUCCCACUACAUGAAGAACUUUGAGCUGCCAUUUGUGCCGCUGCGCCUGCAGAGCUCCAAGCAGCUGCUGGGCACCAUCAAUAAAAACUUCGGCACCCUGGCCUUCUGCAAGCGCUGGCUGGACCGCGCCGGCGCCACCAAGUACCAGAUGGCUCUCAAGGAUCUGUGCGACAAGGGCAUUGUGGAGGCCUAUCCGCCGCUGUGCGACAUCAAGGGUUGCUAUACGGCUCAGUACGAACACACCAUUAUGCUGCGACCCACUUGCAAAGAGAUUGUUUCCCGAGGCGACGACUACUAGCGGGAUGUGUGGAUCUAUUUAGUGAUCGCUAUUCGGCGUUGUACGGCUUGCAUUAUAUACGGUUUUUGAUAUGAGUUCAUUUUAUUGUUGAUUAUUUGUGAGCGUACGCGGACCGAAUUGAAUAUAAAGUGUAUUAUGCUCAGAAAAUAAGAA